AUGCAGGAUGAAGACGGAUAUAUCACUUUAAACAUUAAGCCCCGAAAGCCAACUCUCAGCUCAGCUGACUCUGCUUCUUCUUGGUGGCGUGUGAUGACUUUAAUUCUGCUGAUCUCAUCCGUGGGGCUGGUUGUUGGGCUCGUGGCUCUGGGCAUCAUGUCAGUCACACAGCAAAAGUACCUGCUAGCUGACAAGGCAAGUCUCUCGGCCACUCUGCAACAACUGGCCAAGAAAGUCUGCCAAGAGUUGAUUAAACAAUCAGAGCUCAAGACAAAGAAUGCGGUCGAACACAAGUGCAGCCCCUGUGCCACAAAGUGGAGAUACCAUGGAGACAGCUGCUAUGGGUUCUUUAGACGUAACCUAACGUGGGACGAGAGCAAGCAGUUUUGUACUGAGCAGAAUGCAACGCUUGUGAAGGCUGCCAGCCAGAAGACUGUGGAAUAUAUCACAAACAGGAUCACUUCGGCCCGUUGGAUUGGAUUAUCACGCCAGAACUCUGAUAAGGACUGGAUGUGGGAAGAUAGCUCAAUUUUUCCCAAGAAUAUGAUUGGCCUUUCUGGGAAUACAGGAGAAAACAUGAAUUGCGCCUAUCUUUAUAAUGGGAAAAUCCAUCCAGCUUCCUGUGAAGACAGAAAUUAUUUAAUGUGUGAGAGGAAGGCUGGCCUGACAAGAGUAGACCAACUGCUUUAAUGCAGAAGAGUGAACAGGAUGUCAGAUAAGUGGU